AUGGGCUGCGGUUCCUCGGGUCACGUGGUCGCACCGGCGGAAAGCGCACAUGGAAAUGGAAAAGCGGUGAACGGCAACGGCACAAAUGCCAAUGAUGCUAAUGACCACCACAACGACGACUUGCCAACCGUUAUUUUGCCAGAAACACCAACCAAGCCGAAGCCUCCCGUAGCAUAUGAAAUACCUAUAGAAGAGUUUGAUGGUAACAAACGUACUAGCACACCACCGGCCCAUCUCCAGAGACUCCUCCAACCGCCAAGUGCUGAUAUAAGCUUGCCAGACAUCAAGGAGAAACUUGCUGAAGCCGAACAAAGAAGACUAACGAUUCUCCAACAACGCGCGGCUUCCGCACAGAAAAGAGCCCAAAAAAUGAUGAAAUCUCAUAAAGACUCACUCGCCGAAGAGAAGAAACUUGGUUCGAAUGUUCUCACCAUAUCUCCAGAACCUGGAAUUUGUGAAGACAAAAAUAUUUAA